AUGAGUGAGGAAUUGCCACGUACCAGAGUAAUUACUCGAUUCGCUUGUGUGACUCUACUUCAAAAGCCACCUACGGUUAGGGAUAACGAUGGAUUUGUUGGUAAACCAGGAUCAUCCGGUAUUAAGCAGAAGGACAAUGGCAACGAAAGUCACCCAGUCCAGUCGGCUGAUCUCACAAGUGCUGCUUCCUGGUCAGUUUAUCCCGUCUUGAAAACUUUGACCGUGCUGUUCAUCAAAUUAGAUUUGAGGUACAGAGACGAUAUUUUCAAUUAUACUCGAGGUCGCUUUGUAUGUGAUGAAGCAUAUGAGAUGUCACAGCGCCAUGUCCGUUUCAAUGUUAAUGAGCUAGCCCGUAUCGCUGCAGAAGCUGUCGGGGGAAAAUUAUGCGUUAGCAUUGAAAAGUCUCCUGAUGGCAUGUACAAUAAGGCUAUGCUUCUCACUAUGGACAAUGGCACUCAAGUUGUAGCGAAAGUUCCAAAUCCAAAUGCUGGCAGGCCUCAUUUUACUACUGCAAGCGAAGUUGCAACAAUGGAUUUUGCAAGGGAUGUUCUUGGAACUCCUAUUCCCAAAGUCUUUGCGUGGAGUUCAAAAGCCCAGGAGAAUCCUGUUGGUGCAGAGUAUAUUAUCAUGGAAAAUGUUUCAGGAAUCGAGCUAGAACAUUUUUGGCCAAGUAUGGGAAUUGAAGAUAGAUUUACUCUUGUCAAAGCCAUUGCUGGUUUCCUUCAAGAGAUUUGGGAGUCUUUAUUAUGCCAAAGAUCUAGAGGAACGAACCGGAAAUGA